CCGAACUGAACUCUUGCGCAUGAGCACAAAGGAGGGGGAAAGUAAAGAGAGGACUUUAGGGCAGACUUGAGAAGGUAGAUGCUACUUGCAGCAAUGGAAGCAGAAACUACCAUCCCUUAAGAGUUGGAAGCUUAUUUUAAGAGAGGACAUUUGUCACCAAAAGAAAGAAAAUAUACUGAAGUUAUGGGAGCUGAAGAAGAAGAGGUGGUUGUCACUCUGUCUGGAGGGGCCCCUUGGGGUUUCCGACUACAGGGGGGAUCUGAACAAAAACGACCCCUUCAAGUGUCAAAGAUUCGCAAGAGAAGUAAAGCAUGUCGUGGGGGCCUGUGGGAAAAUGAUGAACUUAUAUCCAUCAAUGGAAAAUCCUGUGCCGGCCUCUCCCAUGCCACUGCCAUGCAGAUCAUAGACUCCUCCAGCGGCAGCCUCAGCAUUGUCAUUAAAAGGGCAGCGACUGGGGACCCGUCUGAUGUGAGAGUUCUGUGCUCCCCUUCCCCCAGGCAGCUGCAAGGGGCCUCACCAACUUCCCUGCUCAGCCGGGCCUCCCAGGUGCGCAGUCCUGAACUGGCAGCUCACCCUGUUGCCCCGGAACCUGAGCAGCAGCCCCAGCGGCAGCAGCACUUGGAGAACAUCACCUCGCCACCCGACAGUGAAGCGUACUAUGCUGAGACCGACAGCGAUGCUGACAACAUUGCCCAGGAAAAGCACCGGAGGGCUCGCAAGAAGAGCCCCCGUUCUCCGCCGGGGGGACCAAACAAUAAAGUGGGUGAGCCGCGGGACGAAGUGUCCCUCUCAGAGCUGAGUGGGUAUGACAGCACCCCUGAGGCCACAGCGCGGGCUGGAGAAGAAGGAGAAGGCCUCAGUGGUGUGGCUAAGAGGGAGAUUGUGUGCCAGCCAGGAAGCUGCACAGACACCCUCUUCUCCGAGAGCGAAGCUUUGCUACAGCCACCCUUACCGGAAGACAGGGAACCUUCCCCGGAGGCCAUGCUCCUCCCCCAUGCCACGAAGACCAUCCGAGCCGAGAGGCACCUUAUCCCUAUGAUUGGGCCUGUGGAGCACCCAGUAGACGAAGACCUGACCACUACUUAUGCCGAGAAAGCAAAGCAAGCCAAGCUUCAUCGCAGUGAGAGCAUGCAGGAAAAAAAUGUGAAGGAGGCCAAAACCAAAUGCAGAACCAUUGCGUCCCUGUUGACGGAUGCACCCAACCCCCAUUCCAAGGGUGUUCUGAUGUUCAAAAAGCGCAGGCAGAGAGCUAAGAAGUACACACUAGUCAGUUUUGGAAGUGUUGAUGAAGACCGUUGCUAUGACGAAGAGGACGGUGUCUUCCCAACCAGUGAGUCUGACUUUGAUGAGGAAGGCUUCGAUGCCCGGAGCCUAACCAACCACUCAGACUGGGACAAUACCUACCUUGAUAUUGAGAAGCCCAAGGGGCAUCUUGCACGUGAGCAGGCCAAGCCUCAGCAAGGCCUCAGUGAAGCCUCAGGCAGGGGAGCACAGUUGUUUGAGCAGCAGAGGCAGAAAGCUGGUAAACAGAGUGUGGAGAAAGUCCCUGCACAGAAGUCAGAGGAGCAAUCCCCAGCCUCAGCCAUCCUGCUAACACACAGUGUGGUGAGUAACGAAUCACCUACUCCACAGAAAGCAGAAAAGGCCCCGCUGAGUGUCCAUUUAGAAUCUGUGCAGGUUUCUAGCCAGCUGCCAUCACCUAGACCUGCUCAGCUCCAGUCUCCACCUGGCAUCUUUGGAGGAGAAAGUGUCCAGAUCUCUCCAAGUACCACCAGCCUCUUCAACAGAUCUGCCCGGCCUUUCACUCCUGGUUUUUCUGGACAGCGUCCUGUGACUUCUUCUGUUGUGUUCAGACCAUCAAUGCCAAGGAAAAGCAGUGAGAGUCUAGGUAGGCGGAGAACACCUGUGCCUCCCUUUUCCCCUUCCUUUCCAGGGACCACUGUGAUUCCUCCCACUCCAUCAGCAAUGCAACCAAAUGGCCCAGCAAGCUCCUCUGUGUCUCUGUAUAUCCCAACCACCCCUGCAUUAGUGCAGCCAACAGGGGAGGCUAAGCUACCUUCCCACGCUGCGAGAACCUCCACUGCUUCCAUCUACCUAUCGACACCCUCUAAGCCAGCUGCAGAUGCGGUCACUGCUACAUCCCCACUAUUACUGUCCUCACAAGCCCAAGCGACAACCUCUUCCACUUCGUAUGUCAGCCCAGUCCCACAGCAGCGUAAUCCUCCUCCCGUCCAGCCCUUCACCACGAUUGUGCCAGCUAUUCCACGACCUGCUUCCGAGCCCUUUGCCUCCAGGGAGGAGAGGAUUGCAGUUCCAGCCCCCAGAACAGGCAUCUUGCAGGAGGCCCGGCGACGAAGCAGUAAGAAGCCCAUGUUCAAGUCCGUGGAGGAGAAGAAAAAGAAUUCCCCUAACCCAGAGUUACUAUCUCUUGUGCAGAACCUGGAUGAAAAGCCCCAUGGGGCAGGCUUUGAAUCUGGGCCUGAGGAAGAUCUUCUCAGCCUAGGAGCUGAAGCCUGCAACUUCAUGCAGUUCUCAGCCCGGAAGUUCAAGACUCCACCUCCAGUGGCUCCUAAGCCCCAGCAGUCAAAGGCCACUGGUGGACUGGUGAAUGGCUCCUCACCAGCACAUGACCUAUCCCAUUUGAAAGGGAAAGGGGCAGAGCUUUUUGCUAAGCGACAGAGCCGCAUGGACAAGUUCGUGGUGGAGGCACCACACACACCAGCACCAAAACCCAGAACCCCGUCCCCAGCUCCUUCCCUGCCCUCUUCUUGGAAGUACUCCCCAAACAUCCGCGCACCACCACCCAUAGCUUAUAACCCCCUGCAUUCCCCAUUUUACCCUCUGGGAGCCAGCAAAUCUCAGGCUAGCAAAGCAGAGAGCAAAGUGAAAAAGGCACCUAGUCAGAAAUCAGGGAUCAAGGCAAUCGACUUCAUGAGGCACCAGCCAUACCAGCUCAAUUCUGCCAUGUUCUGUUUCGGGGAAACGGUGAGCUCAGGCGCCCAGGCCUCACCCAGCCAGGCAGCCCAGCAGUCCAGCUUGUCUUUCACCCCAGGCAAACAAGCACCCGUGAAAACAGCCAGGGCCUAUGAGAUCCGCCGAUUCUCCACGCCUGCCCCACUGCCAGCUUCAGGCGGCCUGGCCCCUACAGUUCUGGCUCCCCGCUCUGCCACCACAUUGGAUGAACCUGUGUGGAGGACAGAAAUGACCUCCACUUCUGCACCUGUCUCCCCUGGGCCCUUUCAGGUGACUUUGCCCCAAUAUCAAAGCUCUCCUGAGCUCAGUGAGCUAUGUAGAGAGGCUUCUCCGAGCCGGCCUUCCUCAUCCUCCAGUUUUCAGGUUGCUCGGCCCAGGUUCUCGGCAGCCCAAACAGGGAUGCAAGCACACGUUUGGAGACCAGGCUCUGGUCACUAAUGAAUGAAGACUUGCUUUUCCCUGUUCCUAUCACAGGGUCUCUUCACGCAUUACAUUUUUAGGUGCACACCAUUUUUUUUAAAGUGUACAUCUAAAAUUCUGAAGUGUGCAUGCAACAAAAAUUUGAAAACACUUGUAUCUUCAAGUACACCCAUCAGAGAGCUAGGAUUGUUUGCAGCUCACUGCUGAGUGUCCUCUUGGUGGCACACCUAGGUUCGCAUCUGUGUAAUGUGUGAAAUAACCCACAGGCAGACAUUUGAACAAAAUAUUGCCUCCCCCCCCAUUUAGACUGAGUAAAUCAGGACAGUGAAGGGUGACUUGCAACAUUUCCAGGGAUUUAACAGUUCACAGUUAGAGCAGAGAUGCU